AUGGCCUUUGCUCGCAACAUUGCCAUCUUCACUGUUACUCUGUCACUUCUUGUCUUCAUCGCUUUCUUCGGCCGCCUUCCUGCCUUCAGGUCCACGCCUAUUGGUUUCCUCCAUCGUUUACUCAUCAUUCACAUCCCCUCCUCCCUCCGCAGCCUUGACCUCUACUUCACUAAUGGACGCAUUACGAGUGGUAGCUCCCGCUUGGGACACUACCUCAUGUACGAGAAGCAUCCUGUAGUCGUCAUCUUCUUCCUCGGCCUCCUUACAGGUAGCACUGCCCUCUUCGUUCCUGUCAUAUGGUCCCGCCUACCACUCCACCACCAAAUACUCAUUCCCCUCAUACUCCCGCUGCCCUACAUCUUCACCUACCUAAGUGCGACAAGGAAUCAUCAUGCAUACAUUACUGAGCUAAAUCAUGCGGCCCAAAUGCGAUGCUAUCCCUAUGACAGGAUACUGUAUUAUCCAGGGAACCCAUGCCAAACGUGUCUGUUCAUCAAGCCCGCGAGGAGUAAACACUGCAGUAUCUGCAAGAUGUGUGUUGCGCGGAUGGACCACCACUGUAUAUGGGUAAACAACUGUCUCGGACGGGGAAAUUACAGAUGGUUCCUCGCCCUCCUGCUCUCCACAGGUACCCUGCUCGCGUACGGUGCCUAUCUAGCCUACAUGAUCAUUUCCCCCCUCGCAAAAGACCACUACGAAACAUAUGAACACUGGUAUAAAUACGAACUAGAUCCCACGGCAGAUCCUUCGAGUUGGCUUACAUACCUGGACAUGAAACUCCACUACUUUCUCAUGUUUACUAGCAUCUACCUCGAGGAAGGCGGUCUCCGCGCCUCAGGUGUUGGGCUCCUUGCUCUCCUCACCUGGCCGCUUCCACUCGCACUCUUCGGCUACCAUAUCUACCUCAUCUGGGUGGGCAUGACCACCAACGAGAGCGGGAAAUGGGCCGAUUGGCGCGACGACAUGAACGAUGGCGUUGUAUUCCUCGGACAACGUCGUCAGGAUACCUUGCAAUCCAUCUACCAGACUCUGCCAGAGGAAGAAGAACCACGAACGACAUGGCCACUGGAAAGCCGGCAUAUUCUGGUCCGUACGAUGAAUGGCGAGCCGCCGCAAAAUCUGCCGAGCAGGAUUCGAUCAGUCGCGAAGGAGGAUUCGUUCCAGCGGGUAUGGAGCUUGCGGGAGGUGGAGAAUGUGUAUGAUUUAGGCUUCUGGGAUAAUUUCCGCGAGGCUUUGAAAUGA